AUGUCAGCUCCAGCACGCCCGUUCAUCACAUGCCACGUCCUCGAGACCGUGUCUGGUCGCCCAGCGCCCGACAUGCGCGUCACCCUCUCCCUACUCUCGCCCAAGCGCUCCAACCUCUCCUCUCCCACCACCUUCACCGCAACCACCAACUCAGAUGGCCGAGUAACCGCCUGGCAGUCCACAAACGACAGCGGCACUUCGGACCUCAAGAGCGACGAGCAGAUGAAUUGGAGCUUGGUCUUUGCGACCGAGGAGUUCUAUGGCAAGGGCAAGACUUUUUGGCCUGAGGUGGAGCUCAAGUUCUGUACCGACAAGGACGAGAGACAUUACCAUGUUCCUCUGCUCUUGGGUCCUUGGAGCUACACUACCUAUCGUGGUUCAUAG